AUGAAAAGAAGAAAAACAUCAACGAGCACGACGGAGAAACGAGGACAACAACAGCGAGAAGGAAAAGGAGAAGAAGAGAAAAAGAAGAAGAAGCGCAAAAAGAGCGACGGGAGAGAAACGCUCUCGGAAAUAGGACCGUUCCGGAUUCCGAAUUUCGAGGAGGAGGAUGCGCUGCUGACGGCGAGAACAGUCGCACACAUUUGUCGAGAGAUUGUUAAGUUUCUGCUCUUCAACAGAAACCAAAUUCCGCUCAUGUAUGCAGAUUUGGUGUCGCUGCGGAGAGUAGAACAAAAAGAAGAAGAAGAGGAGGAUCCAAACGAAGAGAAUGCAAAGGAGAAAACGAAGAAGAAGAGGAAAAGAAAGAGCAGCAAGAGAUCGGAGAAGAAGUUAUUUAAUCAGAUUGCGCAAAUUGAGCGCUUGAUGGAGUCUCUGAGCGAAGAAGAGUUCGCGUCGAGACAACCGGUGAAGCGAGUGGCGGUGUGUUUUGGCGCGACUGUGAAUCGACCGGUUGAAACGUACAUCAUCGAUUUAGAAGACGUGAGAUAUAGUGCGACGAGAGGAGAAGGAGGAGAAGAAGAAGAAGCACAGAGCGAAAAGAAGACGAAAUCGGCGGCGAAUAGAAUAGUGAGAGCGGUGAUGCCGCACGUCGCCGGCUUGCGAACGAAUCCCUCGCGCACUUCGCAAAAGAUUUGGAUAUUUUUAAAACACGAAGACGCCGCUGAUAAUGACGAUGAGAGCGAUGAUGAAAAGAACGCACUGAGAGCAGAACUGAGCAAUCGCUUCGCGAUGAAGAGAAAUCUCAACGGCCUGUUCGAAGCAGAAGAAAAAGAAGAAAGGAGAGGAACGCGCAAAAACGUAAAAGGAAACGUCUUCGCGAGGAUCGUCUUGAAAUCCUCCUCGAAGCCGUCGUCGUCGUCGGUCGUUCCCGCGUCUUCUUGCUCGUGGUACCAAAGUCGUCUCGUUUCAAAAGGGUUUCGUUUCAAAGAAACUGCUGCUGGUUCUCUUCGAUAA